AUGUCUUUCCAGGGCAUCGUCCGCCUGUCUCUGGACACACCUGCCCGUGCCAUCUGCAUCCUGGGCAUGGAAAUCUCCUUGGAUCUCAGCGGGUGUGCCCCGCAGACGUGCGAGUCCUUCACCGUCGUGGGCUCUCUUGGGGUCUUGACCACUGUCCACAACACGGUCCCGCUAAAGACCAGCGAGGAGGUUUCCAUGACCAGGUGGCCCCUGUCUGAUCCCAUGGAUGUGCUGGUGAAGAUGAUAUCGCCCAGCACUGCCACCGAUAGUGACAAGGUUGAGGUCUCCUACUAUCAGCCUGAUGAGGAGGACCCCGUGGCUACAGCUGUGCUCUACCUCACUGGCAUUGAGGUCUCCUUGGACGUGGACAUCUACCGCAGUGGGCAAGUUGAGAUGCCGAGUGACCCACAUGCUAAGAAAAAAUGGGUCUGGGGCUCCAGUGGUUGGGGUGCCAUCUUGCUUGUGAACUGCAACCCUGCCUACACGGGCCAGCCCCCAGGCACGAAGACCCCAAAGGCGUUCUCUGCGGAGGAGAUAAAGAAUCUGUCCCAGAUGACUCUGAGUGUCCAAGGCCCCAGGAGCUACUUACAGAAGCACCGGCUGGUUCUCCACACCUCCAAGGAAGAGUCGGAGAAGGCAAGAGUCUUCCAGCCCCGGAAAGACAACUCCAGCACCUUUGAGUUGGUGCUGGGGCCUGGCCAGCCCACCUACUCCCUGCCCGCUCUGGAGAACCACUUGAAGGAGACUUUCUACGUUGAAGCUGUGGAAUUCCCCUCUGCCGACUUCUCGGGCCUGAUCUCCUACUCCGUCUCUCUGGUGGAAGAGUCUCAAGACCCGUCAAUUCCAGAGACCCUUGUAUACAAAGACACGGUCGUAUUCCGCGUGGCUCCUUGCAUCUUUACUCCCAGCACACAGAUGCCUCUAGAGGUGUAUGUGUGCAGAGAGCUGCAGCUCCAUGGUUUCGUGAAUGCAGUGAUGGAGCUGAGCGAAAAGAGUAACAUCUCGGUGGCAUCUGUCUAUGAAGACCCCAACCGCCUGGGCAGGUGGCUCCAGGACGAGGUUGCCUUCUGCUACACCCAGGCUCCGCACAAGACUGUCCCCUUGGUCCUCGACACCCCUCGGGUUGCCAAGCUCGAAGAUCUCUCCAUGAGAUACUCACUGAACCCUGGUACCGGCUACGUGAUCCAAGGCGUCCAGGACAGCAGGGUGGCCAGCUUGGACUCCAUUGGGAACCUGAUGGUGUCCCCACCAGUCAAGGUCCAAGGGAAGGACUACCCCCUGGGCAGGAUCCUCAUCGGCAGCAGCUUCUACCCCAGUGCGGGGGGCCGGGACAUGAGUAAGAGGCUCCGGGACUUCCUCUAUGCCCAGCAAGUGCAGGCCCCGGUGGAACUCUUCUCAGACUGGCUAACGAUCGGCCACAUAGAUGAGUUCAUGUGCUUCAUCCCCGUCGAUGACAAGAGCAAGGGCGAAAAGGGCUUCCGGCUGCUCCUGGCCAGCCCGAGCUCCUGCUAUAACCUGUUCCAGGAGAAACAGAAGGAAGGUUACGGGGAUGUGCUUCUGUUUGAAGAGGUUCGAUUGGAUCAGCUCCGUUCUAAUGGAAGGCAGGCCAAAACCAUCCAUCAACUUCUGGCUGACGAACAGCUGAGAAAGCAGAACGACUAUGUGGAGAGGUGCAUCUGCCUGAACUGCGACAUCCUGAAGAGGGAGCUGGGCCUGGUGGAGACGGAUGUCAUCCAGAUCCCCCAGCUCUUCUGCCUGGAGCCGCUGAUGAACGUCCCCUCCAACCAGCAGGGCCGGAAGCUCUUGGCGAGGCCCUACUUCCCGGACAUGGUGAGGCAUCCCUGCUACGGAUUGAUUGUGAUGGGCAAGAACCUAGGGAUCCCCAAGCCCAUUUGGGCCUCAAAUCAAGGUACCUGCUGCCUGGGAAAGGUCUGCCAUUUGCUGGAGCUGGGCUUCAAGUGCACAUUCAUCAAUGACUUUGACUGCUCGACCAAUGUCGGAGACUUCUGUGCCUGUGCCAACAUCUGCCGGGUGCCCUUUGCCUUCAAUGGGCAGCUCGCCACACUGCAGGUUGAGGAGCAGGCCCUGGGCUGA